UGAUUUUGGUGAGAAAAGUGCGCCCACACAUGGCAGCUGUCUCCAGCCCAUGUUCCCUCCUUCACUUGAAAACCACAUAAAUAUCCUUCUUACCAUAUUCACUCUCACCCACAUCACACACCACUCCUUCACUCUUUUUCUUGCUCAGUUAUCACCAUGCCAUUAUUCCCCAACUUGCUCUUCUUCCUGUUCCUGCUAAUUGGUGUGUGCAAUUGCAGAACUACAACAAAAAAUGAAGAGGGCCGUGUGCAAAUGCAGACACAAACCCUUAACACAAACCCAACUCUCUUCAACCCGCAGGUCCCACCCCUCCGAACCCUCUCUUCCUCCAAGCGAUUCGAGGGGUCCUCGGAGUUCGUGAAGCUCAAAUAUCACAUGGGGCCGGUGUUGUCUUCCCCGAUCAACAUCUACCUCAUCUGGUACGGCAAGUGGCCCCAAUCGCAGAAGCUUCUCAUUAAGGACUUCCUCCUUUCAAUCUCCGCCUCCGAUCGCCGGGCCGCCCCCUCUCCCUCCGUCUCCGACUGGUGGCAAACUGUCUCCCUCUACACCGACCAGACCGGCGCCAACAUCUCCCGUUCCAUCUCCAUCGCCGGCGAGUACACCGACCUCCUCUACUCCCACGGCACCCACCUCACGCGCCUAUCCGUGCAGGAGGUCAUCGCGACCGCCGUCCGCGCCAAGCCCUUCCCCGUCGAUCAUCGCAACGGGAUCUACCUGAUCCUCACGGCCGAGGACGUCACCAUGGAGGACUUCUGCCGCGCCGUCUGUGGCUUCCACUACUUCACCUUCCCCUCCAAGGUCGGCUACACCCUCCCCUACGCCUGGGUUGGGAACUCCGGCAAGCAGUGCCCGGAGGUGUGCGCAUACCCCUUCGCCGUCCCCGGGUAUAUGGGCGGAGGCGGCCCCGGCCACCUCACUCCGCCCAAUGGCGACGUCGGCGUCGACGGCAUGAUCAGCGUCAUCGGGCACGAGCUGGCCGAGCUCUCCUCCAACCCCCUGGUGAACGCCUGGUACGCCGGCGAGGACCCCACCGCACCCACCGAGAUCGGUGAUCUCUGCGAGGGCUUGUACGGAACGGGUGGUGGAGGUGGUUACAUCGGGUCCGUUAUGAAAGAUGGAGAAGGAAGAACGUUCAAUAUCAACGGUAGAAACGGAAGAAAGUUUCUGGUGCAGUGGAUUUGGAGCCCCGUUUUGAAGGCCUGUGCUGGCCCCAAUGCUUUAGAUUGAAUUCACUUCAUACAUUGCAUAGUUACUUCAAUUCCUCUUCUUUUUUCUUACUUACUAUGUAUCAUAUCUGAUGAUGCUUUAUCAUUUUAUUUUA